AUGUUUGGUAGUGGUGGUGAUGAAGGUGGAGUUGGUGGUUGUGGUAGUGGUGGGGAUGGCGAUUGUGGAGCUGCUGGUGGUGGUGGUAGUGGCAGCAUGAUGGUGUUUGUGGUGUUGGUUGUGGAGGUGAUAGUGGAUGUGGAGGUUUUGGAGGAGGAGGUGGUGGUGGUGGUGGUGAUGGUGGUGGUGAAGGUAGAGGAGGUGGUGGUGGAGGUGGAGGAGGUGGUGGUGAAGGUGGUGGAGGAGGUAGAUGAGGUGGUGGUUGUGGUAGUGGUGGCAGAGGAUGAGGAGGAGAAGGAUGUGGUGGUGGUGGAGGUAGUGAAUGUGGUGGUGCAAGUGGUGGAGUUGGAUGUGGAAGUGGAGGUGGUGUCAUUUUUUAAAAUGAAUGAUGGUAUUUUGGGCAUUAAAAAAAUUCAUUAA